GCACCACACAGGAGGGAACCGGCCCUGACAACGACUUCAACAUCCAAGAUUUGCAUUGAGCUAAAUCUUCACAACUGCACAAAAUUGGGGUUUUUAUUCAGACAAUGGGGGUUGCCGACGACAAUUAUUUAAUGGCACUAGACGUUCAGAUGCAAAAAGCUCAAGCUUUCUAACCGGUACAACCCAAAUGGUCAAUGUCACAUAUCGAAAUACACAAAGGAAACAGCCUUAAAUCAAACUCCUGCCUCCUCAGGCAGCGCUCUGCCGCGCUGUACGUUUCACUGAUCAUCGGCGGAAAGACUUUUUAUCAGUUUGUGCAUGUACUGUGUGAAAUCAACAUUUACUGAUACCAAUCUGCUCCUCCCAAGCCCAUGCAUAGAUAAGCAUGGUGGGCGGUUGCACAAGCGUAUGUGUUAUGAGAAAUAUCUUUGGAUUGACGGGGUGGGAGUGCAUGUUACGUGAAAUACAUGUUAGGAAAGAUGCAUGACGAGAAGCUGCAGUGUACAGACAGCGAGAUGUGGAUCUGUGCACAGAUAGAGAAGUCUGCCCUGCUUCUGGCUGAGGAGCCCCUGGACCCCAAAUGUUUCACGCGCUGCCUGGAGGACCUGACCUGCUUCUGGGAGAGCAGCAGCCCCCCAAGUGCCACCGAAUACGGCUUCUUCUACGUCGUGGAGGGGGACGCCCCACAGCGCUGCAACGUGAGCGUGGCCCGGACGCCCUGGAACAGCACCCGCUUCAGCUGUAUCUUCCCCCCCCAGGACACCCCGUCCUUCACCCCCCUGCACGUCGGCGCCUUUGCUGGCAACAGCAGCAACGUCAUCCACUCCCGCACCAUCAUGAUCAACCAAGUGGGUCGACAUCCCCGACGUGCCGCACCGGAGUGCCCAUCCUCAACCUGCCGGGGCUGGACCAGCUACACCUGGCCGUGCGCGUCAGGCCCGACGGCGUCAGCUACAGCGGCUACUGGAGCGCCUGGUCGGCGCCGUCCUCUGUGGUGACGCCCCACGAUCUGGACCCCCUGAUCCUGUCCCUGUCGCUCAUCCUGGUGCUCAUCCUGGUGCUCCUGGCCCUCUUUGCCCUUCUCACCCACCGCAGGUUUUUGAAGAAGAAGCUGUGGCCGGUGAUUCCCAGCCCGGAGCACAAAUUCGAGGGGCUUUUCACCCUCUACAAGGGAAACUUCCAGCUCUGGCUGGGACAAAGGAACACCUACCCGUGGUGGAGCGCGAACCCUGGCUACUUGGAGGAGCAGCCCACCACGCUGGAGGUGCUAUCUGAGGGCCGUGAAUCCAAGGCAGAGGGGCCGGUGCCCCCUCUGCCCCCCAAAGCCCAGGGCUUGGUCCUGCCCACCCGCCCUGAGCCGCCCGUGGAGCCCCAGGAUGACUACCUGGUGCUGGAUGAACAGCUGAUGCCAUGCAGCCUGGGUGAGGACUCUCUGCUCCUGCCAGAUGCCCAAAGCAGUGCGGGCUCUGAAAGCCCCCCUGCCAUGGGGCAGGAGCUGGGCCCUCCGGGGGCUACACUGGAGCCUGUCCCAGAGGAGCGGGUCUCGUCCUCCUCCAGCUUCGAGUACACUGUCUUCGACCCCAGUUCGCAGCUGCUGGCACCCUGUGGGCACCAGCGCCCGCUCAAAUACAGCUACCUGCUGGUGUCCGACUCAGGGAUCUCCACUGACUACAGCCCCCUGGGCACCAGCACCCACCAGCCCAAUCUCUACACCAACUUGUGCCAGGAUGGGUGCCAGGCCCAGCCCUUCCCUGCCAGCUAUAUGGUAUGCUCAUAGUGCUGGCGGACGGGCAGGGGACUGCGGGCCUGGAGAACAGAGGUGGAACCCCAUGUCUGCUGGACGUGGCGGAAACGCCUUCCUGGCAGGACGUAGCGGGGACCCCG